AAGACAUGUUUUACGAUAAGCAUGCGACAGAAGGUUUUUAGUUAUGGGCACAGUUUGGUAUUUAUUUGUUUUAUCAGUGUCAGUUGCUCUAGUAAGCACCGCUGUCGUGUUGAAAUUCAUAAAUAAAACAUGUGAUCAAUCGAAUACUUUUUUACAAACUUUUGGCGGAUCUUUACAAGACUGUAUGAACGAGUGCGACAGGCGGUCACGAUGUAAAACCAUAAUGUUCAGGCGAGGAAUGGGUCAUUGCAGUUUAAAGGAAAACGUUGUCGUCAGUUCCUUACGGGACAUAGAACCCCUGUGCAUGUAUCUAAAGAAAACAGACUGGCUGCCCUCGUAUUUAGGGCCAUGCAACCAAAGUCAAUGCGGAGAAACAGAAAAAUGUGUAAAGUCUAAGGAAAAUCCGAAGAUAUUUAGGUGUCUGAAAUCGGAAUGUCGGCAACCUACCUAUAUUGCACAAACAUAUUUGACAUCGAAUAAGAAAAGCGUAGGGUCUGUUAACAGAUACAAAUGCAAAUCCGGCUACACGGGUUUUGGUGCAGCUUCCAUCACGUGCAAAGACGACGCAACGUGGUCAACAACUAAUUUUCAUUGCUUGAAAAACUGCAAGAAACCUAAAACAGUUUACAAUGGUGUACUAUCACGUGUAGAAAAUGGUGGACGAUUCACUUUCUUCGAAGGGACUGUUCUUCACUUUACGUGCGGAGAGAAUUUUCAGGGAAAUGGACAGGUCUCGAAUAGCACGUGUAAAAAUGGUGCCUGGUCUCCAAACAGGCUUCAGUGUUGUGACAACGGAACUGAGCUUUGGCCCUGGUGGUGGAGGUGUACAUUUUACACAGGAUUAGUUAGCUCCUACGGUGAAGCAAGUUCUAUAUGUUCAGCAAAGAAUUACCAUAGGACAAGUUUCGAUGCAGCCCUGGCAAAAAGUAUGAUCCAGCGGUAUGGUGGAAACGAUCUACAAUUAUUAACUACUGAGACGAAAACUUACUUGUCACAGAGAUUUAAUUUCACAGCGUGUCUGGAAAGUGAGAAGGUUGCAAAUUCGAGUCAGUACGAGAAUUUUACAUACGACGAAAUGGUUGAAUUCAUCAGGAAUCAAAACUUGACUGAUGGAGAAUGCAGAAAGGUAAAUGAGUGGGAACCAGGACAGCCGGAUGGAGGAACCAGUGAAACCUGUAUCGCGAGAAGCAAUGCAUCCAGCUAUCUCUUUUAUGACGUGAUGUGUUAUAACUUGCAAGAUACCGGUGUUGGAGCAGUUUGUCACAAAGAUUUGCCUGUUAUAUAGAACUUGGCCAAUGGAUGGAUGGAUGGAUGGUCGAUCGAUCAUAUGUUUUACCUAGUAGUUUUAUAUUUUUUAACAAUGCAAAAUAAAUCAAUUGUCCACUGGAAAAUACAGAGAAAAAAUUAUUUCAAUCAAGCAUAUUAUUUUAUUUAUUCUACCCUUUUUGUCGGAAAUAUGCUCAAUUUGGCCGCAUUCAGCUAAGCGGAAUUCACAACAUUAGUAAAAUAAAGUAUAUAAAACUAAAAAGUAAUCUGAAUGUCUGGUUUAAUCAGUAACGGAAACAAACUAAAACAAUAAGAUAAUUUGAGAGUUAAAUAACUUACUACAGAGUCUAGCUGUGUCCUAAUUAUUCUUGUUUGAAUUGUAUGUAUAUAUGUUUUGUCUUUGAUAUCAACACACGCUCCUUAUUUGAACAUGUUAUAAGUAAACCACUGUGGUUUCUUAGCCCUUUGAGAUGAGAUGAACGCCGGCCAUUGGUUCAGUUUAAAACCUUUAAUUAUCAAUGCAACCUUAGUAUUAACAUAUGUCGAUGCUCGUUCUUAUAAAUUAUCUUUGGUGAAUGUGCCUUGAGCAGAUCAAGACUUCUUUCUUAUAACACGCACAAGAAUGUAUUUAUGUAUGUAUAUAUGUAUGUAUGUAUAUAUGUAGGUAUGUAUGUACUAUGUAUAUUUCGAUGCAACCGGAAUAGA